AUGAGCGACCACGACCAGCACCAGCAGCAAGAGCUCCACCCGCAGGAGCACGAGCACGAGCACGAGCACGAUCAAGAGCAGGACCAUGACACCGACACGACACCUAAGAAGGCCAAGCAGGGCUCGGGCAAGCGCCUGAACGACAACCAGCGCGUGGAGAUCAUCCAGAUCGCCGAGAACAGCAAGAUCUCCAAACGCCAGCUGGCCGAGAAGUUCGGCGUAAGCGAGGCGGCCAUCCGCAAGCUUCUGCUCAAGAAGGACGAGGUGCUCAAGCGCUACUACGAGACGCCCGAGGAGCUGCGCGGCCUGCGGCUGCGCGGCAAGAGCAGCCUGUACCCUCCCGACGACCCGUGGAAGCACGGACUAAACGCUAUGCUAGGCAAGGUGGACUGGAUUGGCUUCUCGCGCAUGCUGCGCGACGUCCGACGCGCCAUUCACAGGUACCCGGAGACGGGGUACCAGGAAGUGCGCACGCAGGCGUUUAUCAAGCGGUUCUGCGAGCAGGCGCUGCAUAUCCCGGGCAAGAACAUUCGCGAGAUGGCGCUUACGGGACUUGUAGUGGACGUCUGCCGUGACAACGCUACCAUUUCGUCAUCGGACAAGCGCAAGCUGCCUGUGAUCGCGUUCCGUGCGGACAUGGACGCCCUGCCGAUUGAAGAGCUGAACGAACACUUGCCUUACUGCUCCACGCAGAAGAAGGGGCGAAAGGAGCUUCGCAAGCGCAAGAAGCGGAAAACCUCGAGUCCGCACACCGACGAGAAUAUGAGCGCUCCGGCGACGACACUUCCAGCGCCGUCGACUAUCACCACACAGACGGUUGGCGCUCCACCCGCGCCCGGCGCCACGGCUGAUGAUGAUGACAGUGAAUUCCAGAUUUCUACUGCUGCAGCACACAUGUGCGGCCACGAUGGCCACAUGGCCAUGGUACUUGGACUCUGCGCUCUGGUGGUGCGUAACGCGCACUUGCUGCCCGAGGAUACGUUCGUGCGUUUCAUUUUCCAGCCUGCUGAAGAGGGCCCCGGAGGAGCUAUGAAGAUGAUCGAGGAUGGCGCUCUCAUCGAUGUGGACGAGGUUUACGGGGUACAUAAUGCACCUUUCCCUUUGAACAGCAUUCACGUUCGUCCUGGAGCUGUUAUGGCGCACGAAGUGGAGUUCUCCAUCGACAUUCACGGCAUUGGAGGCCACGGGUCCGCCCCGCAGCAGUGCGUGGAUCCGAUUCUAACCGGCGCGGCCGUGGUGCAGGCGCUGCAAUCUGUUGUGAGCCGCUCGCUGUCGCCAAUGGACACGGCCGUGGUCUCUGUGACGCAGUUCCGCGGUGGCGACGCCAACAACGUGAUCCCGUCCAGCGCGUAUCUCGCCGGAACCAUUCGCGACUUCGACCUCCAGAUCGCUGAGAAGAUCAAGAGCCGCGUGGCCACGUUGGUCCACUCAACGUGUGCAGCUUACGGCGCCACAGCCAGCGUGCACUUCCUGGACGGUUACGCUCCUGUGAUCAACCCGCCCGUGGAAACUCGCAACGUGCAGCAGGUCGCCAUGGACAUGGGGCUGUUCGUGAGUGAGGAGGGGUUGCCGCUCAUGGCCGCCGAGGACUUUUCCUACUUCCUGCAGGAGCGCAAGGGCUGCUACUUCUUCCUGGGCACGAAGGAAACAGGCGACGAAGACAAGACGCGUGCGCUGCACUCGAACCACUACGACUUCAACGACAAGGCCAUCCCGGCCGGCAUCCGCUUGUUCCUGGGCAUCCUGCAGUCCCGCUUCAACUGCGAGCUGUACAGCCUCGAGGAGAUGCAGGCCUUCCAGGUGGCCAUGGAGCGUAUCAUGAUCAACGUGAGCGCCGUUCUUUAA